UGUCCAAGCGGACUUGCCGUAGCAACCUCGGCUCGGCUCGGCUCGGCUUGGUUCGGCGCUGUCAUUGCCGAUUCAACGUCUAUUUGGUGCUUUCCGACGCGACGCGACGGGACGCGGCUCCGUCAAGGAAACAUGGACGAAGGCGCCGAGUUGUCACGGACUAUUGCUCAGCUCGUCCAACGCCUGAAGGGAAGCCAUUUGCACGCUCAGAUGGAGCGAGAAGCUCGGGAGUGUUUACAUCAACCCGAGAUCCGUCUGGACUCAAUAAAGGACGACGUGCGGAGUUUCCUCAGAACUUCAGGCUGGGAGAAAAAACUCCAGAAUGCAGUGUAUCGAGAAUUACAAGUCGAGCGACUGGCCUCGAGUCUCACGGCAUCGGCGCCGCCGGAGCAUGUCAAGGAGCCCUUGGCCUACAUGCGCAAGGCCCAGGCCGGCUGGGAGCGCCGCAUCUUGAAAAGCCUGAACGGCAUGAGCACAGAGCUGGGAGUGCCUCUGGCCCGCAUGAGGACGGCGUCCGAGCAGCGGGAGCUGAGCAGCAAAUGGAACGAGAUGGGCACGGACGAAGCGGAUUUGAGCGGCUUCAGGCCCAUCUACGCUGCCAAAGACUUCCUGGAGGUGGUGGUGGCCUUGCGGAGCCCCAACCACAAGUGCGGCGGCGACGAGGAGGAGGGGGGCACCAGGAGCCACUGGGGCCUGAUCCAGGUGCCCCUGGACGUCCAGGACAUCCAGCAGCUGAGAGGAGCCUACGGCGAGCUAAACCUGGCUGCCGGCCAGCUGGGCAUCGACGACGAUGCGCACAUCCAUCCAGAUUUCUUUGAGCGGGACUACGUGGAGACGGCAAAGAAAGUGCUGGGCGGGCAGGACAGCGCAGCGGCGCAGCAGUACAGCCGUCGGGGCUGCCCCACCGGCCUGCGGGCCGACCUCUGGGCCCUCAUCCUCAAUUGUGUGGACCGGCCGCAGGACGCCAUGCAUUUUGAGCGGCUCAAGGCAGGAGUCGUCCAACACGACCUGCUGGUGGACCACCUGAUCCGCAAGGAUGUCAAGCUGACGGCCAGUAACGACGACUACUACUUUGUCUUUGAAGACUUCCUCUACCAGGUCUUGUUGUGUUUCUCCCGGGACGCCAGCGUCUUGGAGCACUUCAAGUACAACAGCGCCACGCCGCCCAAAUCCUACAUCCGAGGCAAAGAAGGGGACGAGGCCUACGCCGUGGUCUAUCCUCCCAACGGCGUGAUUCCCUUCCACGGCUUCUCAAUGUAUGUGGCCCCGCUGUGCUUCCUGUACAAGGAGCCGCCAGAGCUGUACAGCGUGUUCAGGGAGAUGUACACCCGCUACUUUUUCCGCCUACACUCUGUGUCCUCGGCGCGCUCGGGUAUCGUGUCGCUGUGUCUGCUUUUGGAGCGGCUCCUGCAGACGCACUUGCCGCGACUCUUCCACCACCUGCGACGGAUCGGCGCUCAGCCGUUACGCAUCGCCUUCAAGUGGCUGCUUCGAGCUUUCUCCGGUUAUCUCUGCACCGACCAGCUGCUUUUCCUUUGGGACCGAAUCCUGGGCUACGACUCCCUGGAGCUGGUGGCGGUCCUGGCGGCCGCCGUCUUCGCCUUUCGGGCCGAGAACCUGAUGGAAGUGACGUCUCUGGCUUCGGCCGAGGCCGUCCUCGCCGACCUUUCCACCCUCCGAGUCAUGCCGCUCAUCCAGAGCUUCCUCUUCGCCAUCUAGCGACGAGCUUUGGCCGGACCGUCUGCGAAUUUGCCGACGCGCCGGAUUCAGCGUUCCGUGCGGCGCGUGACCUUACUGCAAUGAUAUCGUCAAUGUGGGGGUUCCAUUUCACACUGUGGGCCACUUGGGGCCCCGGUAGAUGUCGAGUGGGCCGGAUCAUUAAAAUGAAACCAUACUCUGCUGUAAAUAACCAAAAUGUCAUGUCUUUCCUUUUUUGGGUGUAAAGAAGCUCUGGAGCAUUUUGAAAUGGAAUGAAAGUUCCCACUUUUUUGUAGCAAAGCUGCUAACAUUGAAUUGCACGUUGUUUUGAAUCACCACAGUAAGGAUUCAUCAAAGUCAAAGUCUGCUUUAUUGUCAAAGUUGCUAACAUUGAAUUGCACGUUGUUUUGAAUCACCACAGUAAGGAUUCAUCAAAGUCAAAGUCCGCUUUAUUGUCAAUCCCUUCAUAUGUCAAGACACACAAAGAAACCGAAAUUCCGUUUCCUCCAUCCCACCCCACGGUGACGAGACAUAGUACACGAUAGACAUACAAGUAGACGACCCAAAAUAAAAACAAGAAGGCACAAACAAUAAAUAAUAGAUAAAUAAUAUGAGUGAUGAAUAAAUAAUAAAGAAAUAACACAAUAAAUAAGAGGAGCAAAACCUCUUCAUCUUCACAGACCCUAACCCCAAUGUGCAAUUUAACCCCAAUGUGCAAUUUAAGCCCAAUGUGCAAUAUCCUCUGCCACACAAUGCAUAGCUCUAUUUCACUUCUAUAACCCGUGCACUAUUUCUUUUGUUAUUAGCAUUAUUAAACUUCAUACACUUUACGACACUUUACCACUAUUUUUAUCUUCUUCUUUUUGUAAAUAUUCAUAGCUUAUAUAUUUUUAGUUGUACUACAAUUGCUGUUGUUUUUCCAUAUUUUUCUUUUUAUAUUGUAUUCUAUUUUUUAUGCCGGAGGACUACGGUCCAGAAGUCUCUUUUUGCACCUUUAUCCCCCUACUUGUACCUUCCUGUAAAUCAGGCUGUUGUUACAUGCAGUUUCUCACAGGUGAGAUUAAUAAAGUUCCUCUUAUCUUAUCUAA